GGCGGGGCGGGGCGGGGCGGGGCGGCCGCUGAGCGGGCCCGGGAUCCGACCGGCGGCCUGAGACGCUGCGCGAGCCACAUGCGAGCGGGCGCCUGGAGGCGGCGGCGGCGGCGGCGAAAUCAGCAGCAGCGGCGUUCAGGACGUAGACGCGCCUGCGGCCCGAGGAGCAGCCGCCGCUACAACAGCAACAGCAGCAGCCACUGCAGUUAGAGCAGCAGCAGAAGUCGCCACCGCAGCAACAGUCGCCGCAGCGAGCGGCGCUCAGCGGGCGCGCCCUCCUGAAGGAAGCCGCCCGCCCCCCAUCAUCGUCCCCUCCGGCGUGUUCAUGCCCCCGGGGCCCCAGGGAGCGCCAUGGCCCGAGCACGCCAGGAGGGCAGCUCCCCGGAGCCCGUAGAGGGCCUGGCCCGCGACGGCCCGCGUCCCUUCCCCCUCAGCCGCCUGGUGCCCUCCGCCGUGUCCUGCGGCCUCUGCGAACCCGGUCUGCCUGCCGCCCCCGCCGCCCCCACCCUGCUGCCCGCUGCCUACCUCUGCGCCCCCACCGCCCCGCCCGCCGUCACCGCCGCCCUGGGGGGCCCCCGCUGGCCUGGGGGUCCCCGCAGCCGGCCCCGAGGCCCGCGCCCCGACGGUCCUCAGCCCUCACUCUCGCCGGCGGAGCAGCACCUGGAAUCGCCAGUGCCCAGCGCUCCGGGGGCCCUGGCGGGCGGCCCCACCCAAGCAGCCCCGGGAAUCCGGGGGGAGGAGGAGCAGUGGGCCCGAGAGAUCGGGGCCCAGCUGCGGCGGAUGGCUGACGAUCUCAACGCGCUGUACGAGCGGCGGAGACAAGAGGAGCAGCAGCGACACCGCCCCUCGCCCUGGAGGGUUCUGUACAAUCUCAUCAUGGGACUUCUGCCCUUACCCAGGGGCCGUGGAGCCCCCGAGAUGGAGCCUAAUUAGGUGCCUGCACCCGCCCGGUGGACGUCGGGGACCUGGGGGGCAGGACCCUCCCGCCUCCUGACGCCCUGGCCAGAGCGGGGGACUCUUUCUGCACCAUGUAGCAUACUGGACUCCCAGCCCUGCCUGGCCCAAGGGCGGGCCGGGGCCACCACUCCAGACCCAGCCCCGGCCUAGCCUGGGGCGCCCUGACACGGAGACAUGGACUCCAGGGGCCCUGGCUGAGAGAGAAGCCAGGGGAGAGAGGGCUGACGGACCGUAGGCGGCAGUGACCGAGGGGGUGGGGACUGAGCCACCCGCCUCUGCCGCCCACCACCAUCUCAGGAAAGGCUGCUGGUGCUGGCUGCCCGUUCCAGCUGCAGGGGUGGCACUGGGGGGGGGGUCUCUCUCCUGGUGCUCCUUCACUUUGGGCCUGGCCUCAGGCCCCUGGUGCUUCCCCCCCUCCUCCUGGGGAGGGGGCCCGUGAAGAGCAAAUGAGCCAAACGUGACCACUAGCCUCCUGGAGCCAGAGAGUGGGGUGCCUCUGCCGGCGGCCCCAGCCCGGCGCCCAGCCAUCUUCCCUGAGCCAGCCGGCAGGUGGUGGGCACGCCUGCCUCACCUUCAUCUGGGGGUGGCCAGGAGGGGCCCAGACUGUGAAUCCUGUGCUCUGCCCGUGACCACCCCCUGCCCCCAUCAAUCUCAUUGCAUAGGUUUAGAGAGAGCACGUGUGACCACUGGCAUUCAUUUGGGGGGUGGGAUAUUUUGGCGGAAACCGCCCCAGCCUUAGUCCCCAGGGCGAAGCGCUGGGGGGAAGACGGGGAGUCAGGGAGGGGGGGAAUCUCAGAAGAGGGAGGAGUCUGGGAGCGGGGAGGGAUGGCCCAGCCUGUAAAAUACUGUAUAUGCGCUGCUGUAGAUACCGGAAUGAAUUUUCUGUACAUGUUUGGUUAAUUUUUUUUGUACAUGAUUUUUGUAUGUUUCCUUUUCAAUAAAAUCAGAUUGGAACAGUGGA